AUGGGAUGCGGCAGCUCCACGGACACCGCGGUCCACCCGUUGAGACCGGAAGAGGUGAACGAAGACGAGGAUGAGACAGGAAGUAAACUGGAUGGUCGUGGAGACUCGGCCGUGUCAAAGGGCACCGCAGACAGCGGAGUGGUGAUGGAGAGCAGAGAGAUCCCUGUGUUACCUGGAGCAGUGCCCAGAAAACUCCCUCCUCUAACGUGUGUCAGAGAAAGUGAAGUGGACAGAGUUACACAAGACGGUUUGCGCCCAAAGUCCAGUGAGAUCUUGGAGGAGCUGCUGAACCAGGGCAUCAUACCAGUGGGACAGACCAGAGAGAGGGGCAGCGGGGCAGGAGAGGCCUAUAGCAUCAUGCUGGAUGACACGGCGGGGGUCAGGCGAAGACCUCCUGCAAGACUGGAGUCCCUGAGGGCCAAGAAGGAGCAAAGUCUCCCCAGCAGAGAAGAGAUUGAGGAGAAGAUAAGACUUGCUGAGGAGAGACGCAAGUUAAGAGAAGAUGAGCUCAAGACGCGGUUGAGGACCAAGUCGGCCCGCGUUCGUGGUCCCGCCCCCACCGCCAACACAGAGAAGGACGAUGAUGUAGACCUGCAAGUGGACCUCACCCCUGUGGAGCGGCUACAUCAUCCUCUCGUACAGGACCCCCUAGAUCCACUGCCUCAUAGCCAGAUUGCACACAAGGAGGCAGAGGGUGGAGAGUGGGUGUUGCUCAGCACAAAGUUACGGUUUCAGGUCUGA